GGGGGCGGGGCCAAGAGGAGAAACGGAACGGAACUAGAAUCACGUCAUUUCCGCCUGCGUAGUUACCGAGGCCAGAAGCCGAGCCCCGAAGCCGAGCCCAGGCCAGCGGCGAUUGGCAGGACUUUAAAUGUAUUUUAUACAAGAAGAGGACUUUGCAAAGAGUGAUAAAGCUGCCAGAGUCAUUCAGAAGGCCUGGAAAAGGUUUAUUGCAGAGCUUCUAGAUGCUGCAGCUGGCAUUCAUGUACGGUUCAGAUUUGGUGGUGCUAAAUUUCCACCUGAAAUAUAUUAUAAAAUUUUUACUGAAAGACAUGUUGAAGAUCUGUGUGCUAAUAGCCCUAGAGAUUACACAAAACUUUCAGCAAAAUAUGCAUCUCAUACUAGAAGUGAUAAUCUUCAGAAACAGGAUCGUAGAGGCUGGUAUCAUCGUAUAGAGAACAAUGGUUGGAGGCUUGUUUCUGAAAGAUUUUUGGUGUCUAGUGAAUAUGUAAUUACAGAAGACAUAAAGGAAACCAAAUUUCAUUUCUCUAAACUGAAAAGAAGACAAGAUAUAGAAAAAAGGAGAAAAUUUAAAAAAAUAGAAUGGAUGAGGCAAAUGUACAAUUCAGGACAGCUGGAGGCUAAGUCAACAAAUCUAGAAACUCUAAGCUUAAUUCACAGAGCAUCCAAGGGGCUAAUACGAUCUAUUGAAAAUGGUGGAAUAGAUUCUGUGAUGGAAUGGGAAGUGGAUGAAGUGCUGAACUGGACAAAUACGCUGAACUUUGAUGAGUACGUUGCCAACUGGAAGGAAAUGGCUACAAGCGACUCUUCAGUUAACUUCAAAAGUUCCAAGUUUGAACGAGAACCGAAAAAUAUAUAUGAUUAUGCAGCAAUGUCAGAGGGCAUGGGAACAUCAGAUAAUGCUUAUGAAGUUGAAAAUACUGAUGAAGAACCAAAUUUUACUAGAUUAACACCUAGUUCCCUUUAUGAAACAUAAAUGUAUUCUUUUCUUUUUUGAGCUAUAGCCCUUCCCACACUGAUUACUUUAGCUACAGUUACUAGUAAGAGGUUAUUCUGACUAGAAUGACAUAUUCUUGGCACAGAAUCUACCCAAUUAAGGAAGAGUAAAUAGAAAAAGAACAUGGGACUGGGUAGAAAAUACAGAAAUUAUUUUUGGUACUCUGAAAACUGUAAUAUUCUAUCACACUUAAAUAUACUUAGGUGCGAAAAUCUUCAGCUUCUUUUUCUUCCUUUUUGAAGCAUCUUUUAUUUGAGCGAUCACAUGAGGCAGAAUUCUUUUCCCGUU